AUGAAUCUAGUCCGAGCUGCUCCUUUCAAACUCGGUCCCACAGCAAGAACGCCGAUUGGCUUGACCCGAUCCUUCCCCGUUACCGCUGCGACACCUGUCGUCUUAGACAAGGAUGUGCACGAGUCUGGAUUAUGUAUCCGAAUCAAGAUACGAAACCCUCAUCCCGAGCAACCCUUUCGAACGGGUGAGUCCGUCGAGGGCCACGUUCAUAUUUUUGGGCAAUCGGAUAUGCCGGGAUCUAAGCCCAAUUCAUCCCCGGAGCUGGUCCUUCAUCGCCUCUCAUUACGGGUAUAUUUUGAAUCGCGCACCACGUUCUGGCAACUUACUCCAACUAAUCCUGAUCGGCAACGAAAAUCCCCUAUUAUCCAACGGGUCGAGAAAAUCCUGCGUCAUGAGGUCCAUCGUGGCGUUGUGCCCCUGAAUAACAUCGCAACUUCGUGGUCCACAGACAAGCCUGUUAUGAUACCUUUUACGGAAACAUUAUUAGGGAGGCCUCAUGCUGCACUUGGGUUCUCAUUUAUCAUCCCUCAGAAGACGGUUAUCACAGAAACGAACAAUCUCGAUGGUGCGCCUCGUGGCCUCUGUUCCUACGAGAGGUGCCCUCCUCCCUCCUUUCGUGAGCCAGAAGGGAGCAUUGAAUGGGUUGUCGAGGCAAUUAUGACAUUGGCCAGUGGAGAGUUGUCUCGAAUUGAUGAACGAAUGCUACAUGUUUCGACCAGUAAUGUUGCGAUAACCAGGCUGGUGUUUCCCGUCCUUCCAGAAGGGUCGGACAUGGGUCUGUUGCGGAACGAGCCGUUUUUUGGCGAGGACUUAGGGGUCGACGUACUUGGCACAGUCCCUCGGACCGCUCAAGGCGAUGACACCGCUAUAGAAUUAUCGAAUCUGACCAAGUUGUCUUGGGAUUGCUAUUCUAAUCUCCUGAAGUUAAAUCAUGGCUAUUCGGUCGAAUCUCAGGUAUGCGUUCCUUCUGGAGCGGUCGUCCACCAGAAUGAUGCAUUCUUUACGAUACGGAUUUCCCUAAUGCUCCGGGACACACCGACUCGCAAUCAACUAUUUGGAAAGCUUCGAAAAAUCAGACCUAUAAUUGCCAAGCGUCUUCGGAUCAGACUCCAACGUUCAAUAUCUACGCGAGGUGGGCAGGAAAUAAAGCCCCAUACCUCUGUUAUCCUAGUUCGCGAAUGCCACCUGGAUCUCGAUGGACCAGAAUGUCCCGUCGAGCCCAAGAGCACGUUCACAAAUAAGGACGCUGAUCUACUCAAUGUUGCGGUUCCAUUUGAUCUGCAAACUGAUGGGAGGUAUUUGAGAGAAACAGCUGGACCCAUGAUCCCCGUCUCGGCGCUUAUCCCCAGUUUUCGAACACCAAAUAUACAACUCGAAGUAAGUGGGGGUGGAUUAGAUUAG